GAUCAAUGGAAAUAGCCGAAGAUGUCGGCUCGGUCAUGUGAUCAGCUGUGUCCAAUCACAGCUGAUCGCAUGGGACAUGUACACUGAUCAUCAGGGCACUGUGGAUCAGUGUGCCCUGAUGAUCAGUGUAGGCCCAGCAGUGCCACCUGUCAGUGCCACAUAUCAAUGCCAGUCAAUGCCACCUAAGUGCACAUCAAUGCCACAUAUCAUUUCCCAUCUGAGCUGCCUUUCAGUGUCACCUAUCAGUGCCAGUCAGUGCCACAUAUCAUCGCCAGUCAAUGCCACCUAUCAGUCCUGCCAAUCAGUGCCACCUAUCGGUGCCAGUCAGUGCCACCUAUCAGUGCCAGUCAGU